UCGAACAGGAGGCCGCCGCCUGGGGCGCAUUGAUUCGAGCUAGGGUUUCAGUCAAUCGGUCGGGACCAUGGAGUCGCCGCCGCCCAAGCGCAACGCCGGCCACGUCGGCGAGGACGGAAUCAGCGCCCUCCCCGACCACCUCCUCCUCGACAUCCUCGAGCGCCUCCACCUGCACGAGGCGGUCCGCGCCGGCGCGCUCUCCACGCGGUGGCGGCACCUCCCCAGCCACCUCUCGCUCGUGCACCUUGACGCCGGUCACUUCCGCGGCGCCACAUCGCUCCAGGUCAUGGACGCGUUCACGGGCGCGGCGCGGGCCUUGCUCACUCGGGUGCCUCCCGCCGAGGGAGUGUGCGAGAGUGGUGCCCUCAAGGUGCUCGUCCUCAGCUUCUACACGUCUUCCCCUCACCUGACCUCAUUAGCACUUGCAGUAGGCUCAGGCACCUCAGCUUGAGAUUCUGCAGACUGCUUGAUCUGCACUCCACGCUCAAGAUCGAUGUGCCAUGCUCUGAGCUCCAGGAGCUUGAGUUCAUCGGCCUUUUGUGCACACGGAUCGAGCUCGUCUCUGUCCCCAAGCUUAGACAAGUGGAGUGCAAAUGUUGGCUCUUCAAUAACCCUCCAGUGCGCUUUGGCUACGUUCCUGAGCUUCGCGGUUUAGUACUCGCUUCUAAAGCCAAGGCAUGGCAAGAGCCAUUCGCGCUUAGCGAAUGCCUGUCAACGAGUGUUGGUGCCAGGAACCUGUCAACACUGACUCUGUGUUUUGGGUACCAAAUGGUAUACUUAAUUUCUGCGCACCACUUAAAUAUAAAUCUUCUGCAUCGUCAUACCAUGUCUUCUCUACCAGUUUCAGUUGUGCAUGUAUGUUCUUGCUGCAGAUUUGGAUUCAGCCAGAACCUCCGAAGCAGCUCAUUGCUAUAUUCAGA